AUGUGCGAGCCACUGAUAGCAGCCGCUCCUCUCGGUGGAGCAGAGGCAGCAGUAGUGUUUCUGACAAGCAGAGUAGUGAUCGAGAGAGGUGAGCUGCACCGACAGAGGUGGUGUGUGGAUCCCGUGGCCGGUACGGGCCAUCAUCGUCUCGUUUCAAGUGAUCGUGCGUGCGUCCCGGGCAAGAUCUUCAACUGAAAAGGAGCAGGACGUCGGCCCGUGGCCGUUCGCGCAACGGCCAUCUCUCUGUGCAGCGAUUUUCCAAUCGUCUCGAGAUUAUGACGUCCAGUUGCUUCUCCCCUCCGCCGCUUCGACCACCGAUCGAUCUCAACGAUCAGUCCGACACAGUCAAGGUGGAGUGUUCUCUUGGUCCUCCGAUUUAAUCGGUGUUCCCCGUUUAAACCGUUUCGUUAAUUAUUAUUGUCUGACGGGAUGUUGUAGUCAGAUCGUAGGAAAUCGUAAAUAGAUAAACGUGAUUUGAAGGUCUGACGAAACCCACGGGCCAGUCUGUUCGAUCUCGAAACACGCGCGUGUGUAGGUGGGCAGACUUGUUGCACAAGCGACUUGGCGACAUUGAAUAUUAGAAAUGAAGGAAGAAAGAUGAAGAGGAAAGCGGGAGAACGAAAAGAGGCAUUGAAAGAUGAUCACUUUCUCUCUCUCUCUCUCUCUCUCUCUCCUCUUUUCUAGGUGAAUCGUAAUCUCGAAGAUGGGGGUAGUUCUUCGAACGUGUGCCUACGUGCUAUGCAACUACGUGCCCCGUCGUACGGCGUGUUCGAUAUUCUUAGAUUUGCACUUGGCAUUCCGUUAUAUAAUGACGAAAAACAUACGUCGAGCCUCACGUGCGCAAACGUGUGUGUUUUGCAGGGUACUGACCUGAUCAAAGUGUCGAGGUUUUAUAAGGACAGCAAGGAGGGAAAGUUCGUGAGCUUCUUGUACGAGGACACGAGGACCUUGUACGACGGUUUCCGUAAAGGCGCCAAGGUGUCCAACAAUGGCCCUUGUCUUGGCUGGCGAGAUGGACCAAAUAAACCAUACCAGUGGCUUCAUUACAACGAAACCCUGCUCAGGGCGAAGAAUUUCGGUUCUGGCCUAGUGUCUCUGGGGCUGAUGCCAGGAUCGCACGCGCUCGUCGGUCUGUACAGUCAGAACUGCCCAGAAUGGAUUCUCACGGAGCAAGCAUGCUACACAUACUCUUUGGCGGUGGUGCCUCUAUACGACACAUUGGGCCCUGAUGCCUGUGCCUUUAUCAUCAAUCAGGCUGAGAUCAACCUGGUUGUCUGUGAAAAUGACAAGAAGUGUAAUUUGUUGCUGGACAAGGCACCGAGAUGUCUAAGGAAAAUGGUGGUAAUAAAAGAGACGAGGCAAGCGACGAUCCAAAGGGCGAAGAACCGCGGCGUCGAGUUGCUCAAGUUCGAGGACGUGGAACGUUUAGGCGCCCAGAAAAACCAUCCGGAAGUGCCGCCAAAGAUGACGGAUCUAUGCACGAUAUGUUAUACAUCCGGGACCACGGGCAAUCCGAAAGGCGUGAUGUUAACGCAUCAGAACGUGAUGGCAGGCAUAAGCGCGGUCCUGACACAAUUAGGCGAGCACAAGCCCUCGUACAAGGACACGAUGAUCAGCUUUUUGCCCCUGGCACACAUGUUGGAACGGUGCUGCGAGAAUGGCAUGUACAUGGUGGGCGCGUCCGUGGGCUUUUACAGCGGUGACAUCAAAAGGUUGCCCGAGGAUAUGAAAGCCUUGAGGCCUACUGUGAUGCCAGCGGUGCCAAGGCUAUUGAAUCGAAUGUACGACAAAGUCCAAUCUGAACUUCAGAGCUCGUGCUUGAAAAGGCUGGUAUUCAACCUAGGUAUGCGGGCGAAGGAGGCGGAGAUCAAGAAAGGAAUCAUCAGAAAUAACAGUAUAUGGGACAAACUAAUUUUCGGAAAGAUCAAGAAAUCGACGGGAGGAAGACUGAGGCUGAUGGUUGUCGGAUCUGCCCCAUUGGCGGGAAAUGUACUCACCUUCACCAGAUGCGCUCUUGGUUGUUUGGUCGUCGAGGGAUACGGCCAGACUGAGUGUGCUGCACCGAUCACUCUCACUGUCCAGGUUAGUAUAAUUCAAGAGCUAACUAGUUCCAGAAUGUUGAUGCAUUUAUGGAAAAUUUAAAUAUAGAUUUCUCUCAAUGGAAAAUUCAAAAUUUAACUCUCGACUCAUAACUGUUGGUUUAUAGGUACAACUAUAAUGAUUUAUGUUAGAUUAUUGAAAGAUUACUGACAGAUUAGAUUACUAACAUAAAUCAUAUAUUUAUCAUGUAUUACCAUAAACAUUAAUCGUAUAUUAAUAAUCUAUUUUGUUUUAGGAUUUUUCUCAUUUUUAGAAUAUCUUAUUUUUUUAGAAAUUUUUUUAAAAUUGAUUUUAAUGAAGUAGCUAAUUUAAUUCUGAGUUAUUAUGAUCUUUCUCUCCCAACGAUUAACUCUUUUAAGCUCACCUUUUUGGUAUUUAAUGCAGAUUAUUUAUAUCGUGUUGUUUUAAAAUCCUGUGCUUUAAAGAAUUAAUUUUACGUGAUUUCUUUUCUUUUCUUCUUCUUUUUAUUUUAUUUUCGUUAACUGAUCAAUCUCCAAAGUGUUAAUGAUAUUACAAAUAAUUUAUUUCUUUCGUGGUAACAAAAGAUGAAUUUGUUAAAUUUAUUUGUUGAAUUUAGAUAGGCCGUGAAACAUAA